AUUUCUCAGCUCUACUAUCUGCGUUCUGCAGCCAGCUCCGUCGUUUCUGUCCUCUGUCUGUGAGGGCCUCGUACUUGCUGCAGGUUAGCGGGGUUGUGAUGGACCGCUGGAAGGGCAGAGUGGCUCUGGUGACCGGAGCCUCGGUCGGGAUCGGGGCGGCCACAGCGAAGGAGCUGGUCCGACACGGCAUGAAGGUGGUGGGCUGUGCCAGGGACGUCGAGAAAAUACAGAAACUGUCAGCUGAGUGUCAGAGCGCGGGCUACACUGGGGUGUUGGUGCCCUACAAGUGUGACCUGACCAACGAGGAGGAGAUCCUGUCCAUGUUCGCCGCCAUCAAAGAGCAGCACAAAGGCGUGGAUGUGUGCAUCAAUAACGCUGGCCUCGCUCAUCCAGAGUCUCUGCUGAAUGGCAAAACCAGCGGCUGGAAGAACAUGCUGGAUGUGAAUGUUCUUGCACUGUGUAUAUGCACACGUGAGGCAUAUCAGUCGAUGAAAGAAAGAAAUGUUGACGACGGGCACAUCAUCAACAUCAACAGCAUGAGUGGACAUCGUGUUGUUCCGAGUGCUGACAUACAUUUCUACAGCUCCACUAAGUACGCAGUGACGGCCCUGACGGAGGGCCUGAGACAGGAGCUGCGUGAGGCCAACACCCACAUCAGAGCUACAAGUAUUUCUCCGGGAGUCGUUGAGACAGAAUUUGCUCCGCGGCUCUACAACGACAAUGCUGAUAAAGCUGCUGGUGCAUACACCAAAUUCAAGCCUUUGGAAGCAAUAGAUGUUGCAAACUCUGUGACAUACGCCCUGAGUGCCCCGCCACAUGUGCAGAUUGGAGACAUUCUGAUGCGACCCGUGGAGCAGGCGUCAUAGUAUCGCACCAUCUGACAGAUUAUAUAUCUGAUUGAUUCACUGCACAUGUGAAAUGAAUUGCUUCAUCAAAUCAUGGAAUUACUUUAUAAGCUUGUGCUGUAGUUUUGCAGAUACAGAAUAAAAUGUCUGGUUUGAAGAUUAAAUUUGUAGCACUCAA